AGGACGGCAACACAACGCCAUUGUUAUCUCUCCCCCCUUCUUCUUCUCUCUCUAGUCUCUCCAAACAGUUUGGUGCAGCUGCAGAGCAGCCAAGGAACGCGAGCGUGAGGAGAGAGGGGGCAGCGAAUCCCUGGGUCGCUUUCGACGGCCUGGAUCCCCUCGCACGCGGGAUCGUACGGCGGGCACGCGGCGGCGGUCGCUUUCCACCGCAUAGUAAAUUGCCAAGGCUCUAAACAUGGAGGUCAAUGGUCAUCACAAACCUCGCGGAGAAUAUAACGGCACCGGCUGCAAUGGUACUGUGGGAUCACCCAAUAAUUUUGGUGAUGUCGAUCCAUUGACAGAAUGGUUCUACAGACCUCGAACGAUCUCACUCUUGCUGAUGGGAACAGGCUUUUUAAUUUGGGAAAGUGGUGUUCUGGAUCCAGAAAGGAGCUUAUCUGCUGAUCGUGUUCCAUCGGUUAAAAGGGGUGUAUUUGCGAUGAUUGCUGUGUUUUUGGCCUACUCUUUUCUUCAGGCACCUUCAACUGUACUCAUUAGACCGCAUCCUGCCAUUUGGAGGCUGGUCCACGGGAUGGCAGUUGUCUACCUUGUGGCCCUCACUUUUUUGCUUUUCCAGACUCGUGAUGAUGCUAGGCAAUUCAUGAAGUACCUUCAUCCCGAUCUUGGUGUUGAAUUGCCUGAGAGAUCUUAUGGAACUGAUUGCCGCAUAUAUGUACCUGACCAUCCAAAAAGCAGGUUUAACAAUGUUAAUGAGAUCAUUUUUGAUGAGUUUGUUAUCGCUCAUAUCCUUGGAUGGUGGGGUAAAGCUAUAAUGAUACGAAACCAACCACUUUUGUGGGUGCUAUCAAUUGGCUUUGAGUUGAUGGAGCUCACUUUUCGUCAUAUGUUGCCAAAUUUCAAUGAAUGCUGGUGGGAUAGCAUUGUCCUCGACAUAUUGAUCUGCAAUUGGUUUGGUAUUUGGGCUGGAAUGAAAACUGUGCGGUACUUUGAUGGGAAGACAUAUGUAUGGGUUGGCUUGAGCCGCCAACCCAACAUUAUCAGUAAGGUCAAAAGGACGUUAGGCCAGUUCACACCAGCACAGUGGGACAAGGAUGAGUGGUACCCCCUGUUGGGUCCUUGGAGAUUCAUCCAGGUUCUGAGCCUUUGCAUUGUUUUCAUGGUUGUCGAGCUGAACACAUUCUUUCUCAAGUUCUGCCUGUGGAUUCCUCCUCGGAACCCAUUGAUCGUCUAUCGGCUGGUGCUUUGGUGGUUGAUUGCGAUACCGACCAUCCGCGAGUAUAAUACCUACUUGCAAGACAGGAAACCCUUUAAAAAGGUAGGAUCUUUCUGUUGGCUUUCCCUGGCUAUAUGCAUUGUAGAGCUCCUAAUCUGCAUCAAGUUUGGACAUGGUCUCUUUCCGAAGUCCAUGCCGUCGUGGUUGAUCACAUUCUGGACUGGGGUCGCCUUGCUUCUCGUGCUCUUCCUUCUUGUCUGGACUUUCAAAAUUUACCGAACAAUGAUAAGGAAAAGGUUAUAAAUUGUGACCAAAAUUAUUUGUUUGCCUCCAUUCUUUGCCCAAUUCAGUGUUGUCGUGUACAUAAAAAAAUAUUCAAAUUGUGUACAUGUAGUGGUAGCCGACCUUGGUGGUCUGAAGAGGAUUAUCCAUGAUAAAUUUUAUGCCUUGUUUGAUUUUUCACCAGCAAAGUAGGAUAGCAGUUCCCCUUUAAUUCGUUUGUAAUGACGUACUUUGUCCAUCGGCUCUGAGAUGUGGAGUUAGCUUGAUUCAACCUAUGCAAUUAUGACAGAGGAUUCAAAUCUUUUCA